AUGUCGUCCCACUAUUCAAGCUCGAGGUCUGCGCCCCCGAUGAUCACCCUCUUCGACGUCCCAAGGAACACAGCGCAUUCAUGGGCACCUAACAUAUGGAGAAUACGGUUUAUCCUCAACUACAAGCGACUUCGAUAUCGGACCCAGUGGGUUGAGUUCCAAGAUGUGAAUGCAACAUUGUACAAGAUGAAUGCCCCACCGACCGGGCAAAGCGCAGACGGACAACCCAUCUACACUUUACCUGUCCUCGUCGACCCAACGCGUGACCCCCGCCGUCCAACAAUCCUCUCCAAUCCCAAUAUAAUCGCCGAGUACCUCGAAUCCGCCUACCCCGCACGACCGGUUUUCCCUGAAGGCUCCCGAGCCCUCCAAACCCUCUUCGUCCACUACGUGCAAGAGGUGUUCUCCAAACCCCUGCUACCCAUCAUGAUCCCCAUGUCCUAUCAGCAACUACCACCUGCGAUGCAAAGUCACUUCCCCGGAGGUGCUGCGCUGUCGGGACCGCAGAAGGAGCAUGCGUGGAGGGCGGUGAAAGAGCAGUUCGACUUUUUGGCUGCGAUCUUGGAUAAGAACACGGGUGAUGGGGACGGGGAUGGCGUACUUGCGAUGGGUCACGAACUGACCUAUGCGGAUUUUGCGCUUUGUGCUGUUUUGAUUUGGAUUGAGAGGAUUGCGCCGCACGAUGGGUGGUCCAGGAUUAGGACCUGGAAUUCUGGUCGAUGGCAUAGGUUGUAUGAGAGGUGCAGGGAUUAUAUGGAUGAGUUUUAA